AUGCGUAGCAGAAAAGCCACGGCAAGGACAGAAAAAGGGGUGCUUGUAUUGCAUCGGAUGUGGUGGAACAGACUAAUGAGAUUCACGCAUCUUCUAGGCUUUCUCCCACUAAUGUUGGUGGAGAUGUGGGUAGUCACUUGUAAUAGUGGACACGGUAGAAGUCCUGAAGAGAUGGAUUUGAGGCUUAAUGGUACAGGCUACAGAUGUUCCGGGUGGCUGGAGGUGCUUCAUGCAGCCACGUGGAAGAGGAUUGACAGCAGAAAUUUUACACAGCAGAAUGCAGAACUUGCCUGCAGAGAACUUGGUUGCCACUUACCCUUCGGGAUCUUGCAACCAUAUGUUGAAGACUCGGAGAAGCACGAGACUUGCUUGAUGACCUGCCAAAGGAAUGAGACAGCUCUCAAGGACUGCAUAGCCUGUGAUUCCCAUGAUUCCGUCUCUCUAGGUGUGUUCCUAGUUUGUCAAGCUCCUGUGCAAACCACCACGACACUCCAGCCUACAACAGCACCAAUGGUGACUUCCUCAAAACCCUUUGAUCGCCCAAGGAUAAAGAUUGAAGAAGGAACCUCCUUGUGUUUAGGGAUUUUGGAGCCAGAUGUUGAAGCCUACAAGAAAAUGCUUUGCCUGAGUUUACAAAAAUGGUGGAAUAAACUGGUACAUCCAAGACACAAGGAUCAGAACAGGGAAAGGUCACUGCACCACUGGGAGAAGCUGCAGUGUGAGAAAAGGAAUCUUAGUGUGGGUGACUGCUCAGGAAACACACAAGAGUGCUUAAGCCUAACCCUACUAGUUAGAUGUUCAGGUCAAGUUUUGAAGUCCCAUAAGUCCAGUUCAGAGACUGUCUUAGGAAUCCUGCUUGGUCUUGUUCUUAUUGCUGUUCUUCUGAUCAUCUGUGCUCUUCCUAUCUACAAAAAAAUUAUGAAAAAAUAUUCCAAGAACAGGCAGCAACAAUGGAUUGGCCCAAGUGGGAUGAACCAAAAUGUUUCAUUCCAUCGCAAGACCUCUACUCCCUUCCAGACACAUCUUGAAAACCCAGUUGUUCAGGAAGAGGGAAACAAAGCUUCCCAGAAAACUUAUCUCUCACCUUAUGCAGCUUUGGAAGGGGCAACCAACAGAUCUUCCAGCCCUUUGGAUAACUCCUCUGACAGUGAUUAUGACUUAUGUUCUGCACAGCAGCUGUAAAUUCUGGGAAGUAUGGAUGACACUCGUUCCUGUUCACCUGUAGAAUGGUGAUUAAGGUGGCAUUGAAAUGACCUUUACUCCGUCCUCAGCUCACUGGAUGACUUCAGGCCAGUCAGUCUCUUUCAGGCUUAAAUUACCUCAUGGGGUGGUUGUGGGGGAAAAUUGGAGGGGAAUCCAAUAUGUAUAGUUUAAACUUCUGGGCAAAAGACCCAAUAUAAAUCUAAUAAUGGAAUAUCCUUUGAAUGAAUAGUAAA